AUGAUGCGCAGCUCAAAGGACCCCUUGUGCGACGCAAACGACGUGCAUUCAGUGGAAAAAAACCUGUGCAUUGAGAAAAAGAAUUCGAUUCACAUUUUUGGGACACACAGAGAGCAAUCCGAUAGCAAGAAGAAGCGAGUCCAGUGCAGGGCCUUACAAGCGGAAGGGCAGUACAAGAAAGAAAUGUUUCUCAAAAUGAAGGAUUUUUACAAAAAUGAUGAGAAGACUAGUUUGGGUUGCGAUAGGAGCCCAGCUACGGACUCCAACCGUGUUCAGGAAAACCCCAUAGGGGCAAACCCGAGUAACGAAAAAAUGAGAGAGGAAGAAGCAAAGGAGAAAAAUGGCUCGGCAGAUGAGAAACUGGAAAAAAAUAUAGCAAAACCUUUCAGCAAGAAACGGAAGACGCUGUUACACGAAAUGGCAUAUAACCCAUCGGAGAAUAAUUCGAAAAGUAAACGCGAAGCUGGAAGGGCAACAGAUGUAACAGAGCCCAUUAGAAGUGACCACAAUGAGCGGGAAAAUAGGACGUUUUCACCGGAAGAAGUUAACCUCAGCGAAGACCUUCCUACCGGUAAUUUAGUUCAAAAGGAGGACAAAACGGAUGGUUCAAAAAAGGCAGUAGAACGAGAUUGCAAAGAAGAUCAUCCUCCUGUUAACAGGAGAAGUGAUACUUCCUCGCCUUUGAAUGUGCACAGGGAGGGCAAUAAAGGGGGAAACGAAUUAAACGACGGAUCUACCAUUCGAGAAGACAAAACAGAUUCUCGAAUUAGUUUUGAUGGAGACAUAACUGCUCAUUAUGGGAAUGAUAAGGAUCGGUUAAGCCACGUCUACUGCAAUAAUUUAGAGGUAGGAAGUGAGGGAAAAGGUGAAGACCAUACCUCCGCACUGAAACAUGGAAGCAGUUCAGUAACAUCAGAUAAGAAAAAUGGAAAAAAUCCAAAAAAUGAGUCAGCCAUGGUAGAUUCUUAUGAUAGUGAAAGGGAAAAUAUGCCCAAUAAGUGCAGCCCCUAUUCUGGUGAGGAUAAAGAGAGUAUCAACACUGUAAGCUGUGGGGAAGAAAUGAAUGACAAAAUGGGGUACAAACAGAAGGGGAGGUUAAAUAUAGAUGAUGCUAAUGGUAGAAGUGAAGGCUCUUUCAGAAAGGCCCUUAAACGUGUGUUCAACGGGAGCAGCAGUGCCGUUAAAAAUAGUAUUGUCGAGAAGAAGCGAAAGAUUAGGAGAAUUCACAACGAGAUUUUGAGCCUCAUUAGUGCGGAUAGCUUUGCAAGCAAAGAAGAGAUGAUGAACUGCGGAGUGAAUUUUCUAGGCACAAACGAUGUAACAGUUGGUGAGGGGGGCCAAAGAGGGAAGAAGUUACACACAGCAGUGAAUGAAAAAGAGGGAAAAAAGGGAGAUCCACAGAUAGACAGAAACACCGGCACGCUAGCGGAGUAUCAACUUGUCAGCCCGUCUGAAGAAAGGUUCAUUUUAGAGGAGUACAAAUCGGUGUUCUGCGAUGAGGGGGGGUCACUAAAAAAAAGGGAACACCAAAUGGAAUAUCAAAAUGAUGGCGGGGUGCAGAGCGAAGGAGUGGAAAUAUAUCACAAAAUGGAUAAGUCUAUCGAGGAGGGUAGAAAGGCACACAGCUCAACAAAUGGAAAUCAAAAUUGUCCUUUGGAAAUGUCUUCUUUAUAUAAUGCCGAGUUGGUGGAAAAGGGCCCAAAUUGUGUGAAGAUCCCUCAGAAGGGAGAUAUUUACAAGGAACACCCCCCACGCGGAGGGAGAAUUCCGUCCAAACCACAACAGAGGAUUGGCCUGCUAAAAAAGGUAAAGCUAAUGUACAAGAGGGAAAAGAAAACAUUGGAGAUAAAUCGAAAAUAUCUGAAUAAGUAUGGUUACUUUAAAAUAAUUUUGAACACAUACAGUAGAAACGAUCUGCUCAAUAUGAACGAACAUGGCGUUGACUUUGAUUUGUCAAGGAUUCUGUUCUCACAUGACAUCAUAAAGAAAAUUACCCGAGUAAAUUUCAAGACGAUUAUAAAAGCUCUGGAUUUUUACGGUUAUCUAUACGACAAUACAUUUUUAAAAAGGCUAUCUAAUAAGGUCACUAUAAACGAAUGGCUAUCUAAUGCCAUUUUUUUUCAAAAGAUAUUUACAAGGAAGGUGCUAAAUGUGGGGAUAUUCUUUGAUCUUGUGUAUCAUUUCUUGUAUUUGAAUCCUGUCUUUAUCGAUUUUUUCUUUAGCAAAAAUGGUGGGAGCUUUGUAAAGAAAUUUUCUCUAUAUGACAGAUAUAAGGCGCUCAGAUUAGUAAACAAGAUUGUUGCUGAGUUGAAGAUUAUUAGGCCCUCAACAGACUCGGUGGUGAAAUUUUUGUUCGCAUUUUUUUCAAAUACAAAGGGGGGGGAAGAGGAAAGGAGGUUGGAUAGGAAGAAGGCCUUACAUAGGUGUGAACCGAGGAAAAAGGACAACUCGGUGGAGGAUCUGGCCAUGGAGGGGGUGACGAUAAAAGAUGUGACGAUGAAGGACGUGACCGUGGAGGAUGUGACCAUGGCAACAUGGGCGACCCUCAUUAACCAAAGUAACCAUUUAGUGAAUAAUGAUAUGAAGAGGAAGGGCAAGGGGCAAAAGGAAAGUAACCACGUGUAUAUAAAAACUAGCAAGUUUAAAAAAACAGGGGUACGAAAUAUUUUAAACAGAAUUUGGGAAAAAACAGAUUUGUACGUAAAGGAGGAAGUGUAUUAUGAGAAAAACUUUACCGUUAGGAGAAGGUUAAGAGAGAAUAAGACUCAUCAUUUGAACUUUCUGAACAAUCUUCUAUUCCAAUCGAAUGAUACGACAAGUGGGUCUGCCGCUUAUUCAUUUGGGGGCGAUCAGGAGGAAGGAGGGCUGGGUUACAGCUUGGACAAAUCAGGCGAAAUGAACUUUGGCAUUAACGAGAAAAUGAGUGAGUCCUUUCAUCUGAGGCGGUACCAUCAGGGGAGUGGCACCGAUGGCACUGAUAACUCAGAUGAUGGUGAUAAUGUACACGGAUUUGAUAACGCAGAAAGAGGCGAUAACGUAGAAAGCGGUGAUAACGUAGACGGCGGUGAUAACGUGGACGGCGUUGAUAACAUAGACGACGGUGACAACGUGAUUCGCUGCGACGAGAGGAGAGCUACCAAGACGUUUCACUCGCUGGACUGCCUGCCGAACGUAUCCUUCGAUUUGUUCUCGCAGGAGGGGGACUCCUUCCAAAGGGGAGAUUCCUACCUAACACUGUGUUUCAAGGAGGAAGAAAAAUGUGACACGGAGAAGUAUCUUAAGGACCUUACUUACCUGGGAAUAAGAGUUAGCUCGAAGGAGAACAAAAUAAACUACUACAAUUGUUUUGAUGUCAAUUUGAAAGUGUAUUUAGAGGAAUGCCUCCUAGCUGAUGUCAAAUAUAAUAUUCUCAAGGAGGGGGAUUACACGUCUGCUUUUUUUCCUGUUUGGCCGCACAACCCUGAUUACUUUGGGUACCAAAUUGGGAGGAACAUAAAAAAGGAGUUCAACAGAAUGAGGAAAAGCAUUGCAAUGAAAGAAAGAGGGGAAGUGGAAACAAAAUCGAUGGGAAUUGUCCUUAUCAAAAUGAAUAGUAAAGCGGGAAGGUGUGGUGAAUACGGCACCAAUUGUGCAAUGCACGAAAGGAAAAAAAAAAAGUUCCCUUCUGCUAAGCUGUACAGUGGGCCCAGUAGUGCUAAAAAGAAUUCACAUAGGACAGACAGCCAAGAGUGGAACGAAGAUAAAAUUCGAAAUGUCGAUACUAUGAAAAUAAAGGAUUGCUGUUUUGUGUUAAGUUUAAAAAUAUACCCCAUGCGCACUUUAGCAUUGUACAUUCUGUAUAAUGCUUUAUACCAAGAUAAUAACACAAAUAUUGUAGAGCUGUUCUCUAGCAGCUUAAACAGAGAGACGAAGGAAUGGCUACUCCUCUUUCUUCUUCCUCACUUUGUAAACAAAUGCAUACAUAAAGUUACAUACCCCCUAAAGUUGACCAAAAAUAUCUUCUGCGAAUCGAAUGAAUUUUAUGAAGACUUUUUCUCCAAUGAAUAUUUAAAAAUAAAUGACAUAGAGAAAAUUAUUAUAUACACAAAGAAUAACAGCGAUGACGACAUGGAGAUAUGUCCCUUUUCCUUUUGCUAUUUGUGGUUGAAAUCUACCAGGCACCGAAUUGAUAGGUGGAUUAGCUCCAAGAUUAAUGAAGUUCUUUUUACAUUUCCCUUUGCGAAUUUUUUGCUGAGUAAAUAUUUUUCUAAUUUUAUUUUAUUCAUUCAGUUGUUUCAUACCUGCUUGGAUAUAGAUCACAUGUAUCUCUGUAAGUCCCACUUUUACGUUUCUCUCAAGCAUAAUUUGUCCUUUUUGCACGAGUCGCUGGUUAACGUUUUGUUUUCCCCGCCCCAGAGGUGGUAA